AUGGACGGCGAUUGGGCUGAGAGGUGUCAAGCUUAUGCUAAUCCUGUUCUUCUACAGGUCACCCGGAUUCCGUUCCCGCCUCCGGGCGUGCACGCGAUGCCCACUCCGGUUGCGACUAUGACCUUCGACAACUCUCAGGAACUUCUUUGGACAGGCAACGAAUAUGGUCGAGUUACUUCCUUCUAUGGGACCGAACUGCAGCGGUAUACCUCUUUCAAAGCCCAUGCAUCCUCUGAUGGCCCGAUUCGUCAAAUACUCGUCAAUGAGAAAGGCAUUGUUUCCCUGGGUGCUAAAGAUGUGCAUAUGGCUAUUCGGAGAGGACUGCCUAUAUGGCAUAUUAGACAUGACGAUAUGAAAGAUUUGCGAUGUAUGAGCUUUACGUCUAAGGGAACGGCAGAGAUUAUCGCUGCAGGAAUGCAAGACACGAUGCUUGUCAUUGACCUCAUUAAGGGUGACGUUGUCAAACAAGUGCCUACCGAACAUCAGUACACGAUAAUGAGACGCGGGCGAUAUAUAUGCGCCGCAACUCAGACCGGCUCCGUCAACUUACUAGAUCCUGUCACUUUUGCUGUCGUCAAGUCUUGGAAUGCACAUUCUGCUUUGAUCAAUGACAUGGACGCUCAGCAUGACUUCAUCGUAACUUGCGGAUAUUCCUUAAGACAGGGCCAGAAUUAUAUGCUUGACCCCUUCCUCAACGCUGGCGCCGCCUACGUGCGCAUGCACCCGAGGAUGUUGACGACUAGCAUCGUUGUCUCACAAAGUGGGCAAAUGCAUGUCGUUGACUUAAUGAAUCCCAACACAAGCGACGUACGGUUGGCUAAUGUUACUUCCUACUUGAGCAUGUUUGAGAUUGCACCCUCUGGUGAGGCAAUUGCCCUCACAGAUGCUGAUUGCUCUAUCCACCUCUGGGGAUCCCCAACAAAGCUCCAUUUCGUGGACUUACCAACUCCGAUCGAAUUCGCAUCUCCUGAAGAGCCCCUGCCCAAUAUUGAUUGGGGCCCAGAUACGCCCCUGAACAUGAUCGGAUUGCCGCAUUAUCGAGAAGCCCUGGCAUCUGCCUGGCCAGACAUCCCCUGCGAUGUUGGAGCACCUCCUGUUAAGUUUGAUGCACAGUUCCUGGCAGGGCUCAAGCCGACUGAGUUUGGGAUGUACGGUCGCAAUACUCGGGGUUUGCGAAGAAAUCAGGCUGAGAACACUCGAAACGUGAACAAAUCAGGAAGCUCUGGGCUCAAGGCCCCCAAAUUCCUUAGUGAAAAAGCCCGCGAGCUUGCUACUAGUAACGCCGCUGCCUCUGAUAAGAAGGCUGACGAGCUGACCAGCUCCCUUACUGAUAUGGGACUUGAAAGCAAGAAGUCUGACGUUCCAGUCAUGUAUAGAACUGUUGAGAUCAAAUACAGCAAAUUUGGUGUGGACGACUUUGACUUCGGGUUGGUAUUCUCCCAUUCUCGUAAUGCAACGUCACUGAUCAGGAAUAGUUUCUACAACAACACGCGAUACUCUGGACUCGAGACGCAUAUCUCGAAUUCAUAUGCUAACUCUCUUUUACAAAUCAUGCACUUCACCCCUGUCAUUCGAAAUCUUGCUCUUCAGCAUGCUGCUACCUCUUGCGUGAGCGAGAUAUGCCUGCUGUGCGAGCUUGGAUUCUUGUUUGAUAUGCUUCAAAAGGCCGAAGGCUCGAUAUGCCAAGCAACGAACUUACUGAAAACCCUAAGCAAUCACCCUCAAGCCGGUCCUCUUGGUCUGCUCGAGGAGGAUCCUCAUGGAUCAUCUCUUAACGUUAUGCUCCAAGGACUCACUCGCUUUCUCCUGGAUAAAAUCGUGCAUGAUUAUAGGACUAUCAACCCAUCGUCGACUGCAAUGGACCAGGUAUUGGCCACUUCCGCAACGACCUCAAUCAGAUGCAUAAACUGUAGGAGCGAAUAUACUCGACCGGGAUCGACAUAUGUCAAUGAUCUGCUUUAUCCAUCCCCUGAUCAACGACUGCUUUGGUCAACACCAGGUUGGCUUCCCGAGGAGAUUGGAAUCAUUGUAGAGCAAGGGCAGUUCUUCUGUUACGAAGGCGAAGACCUGAAACUCCAUCUCCAGAGGGGCAUCCACAACAUCACAGUGUAUUCGCUGACAGGCAUGGCCAUCAACAUUGAGAGUGGACAAACGCAAAAGUCACACCUAGUCUCGAUGGUCAAUGUGGCACAUGCAGAACCAGAGGCGCCUGGGGAGUCUCGAUGGCAUCUUUUCAACGACUUCUUGGUGAGAUCGGUCAGCACGGAGGAGGCACUCGCUUUCAACACAUCUUGGAAGGUCCCUUCUGUAAUUGCAUACCAGAUAAAAGAUGAGAACAACAAGAUCGAUACUGAAUGGAAGAACAACAUCGAUACUUCCAUACUUUACCAAGACUUCAAUACAAACGCCGAUCCGUCAACAAAGACCUAUCAAGUGCUCAACCCUGAAACUGAGGCCCCUGGCCCCGAUACCACUAUUGCACUGGACACUGAGUUUGUUGCUGUGCGACAACCUGAAAUUGAAAUGAACUCUGAUGGUGAGCGGGAAACCAUACGGCCGAUAGUGUACGCACUUGCUCGUGCAUCAGUUGUCCGCGGUCAGGGGGAAAACGAAGGGACACCCUUCAUCGAUGAUUACAUCAACAUCAAGGAACCGAUUGUCGACUAUUUGACAUCGUAUUCGGGAAUUACUGAACAAGACUUGGAUCCUAGAGUUUCAAAACAUAGUCUCCUGUCAUUGAAGAUGGUAUACAAGAAGAUGUGGAUUCUUCUUAACCUCGGAUGCAAGUUCCUUGGGCACGGACUAAAACAAGACUUCCGAGUUAUCAACAUACACAUUCCUAAAUCGCAGGUCAUCGACACGAUUGACCUGUUCUUCCUCCAAACUCGGUUAAGGAGGCUAUCGCUGGCUUUUCUGGCGUGGUAUCUCUUGAAGGAAGAUAUCCAAAUGGAGACCCACGAUUCGAUCGAAGAUUCACGGACAGCACUCAAGUUGUAUAAGAAGUAUCUCGAGUUCCAGGAUGCCGGAAUCUUGGAGACCAUGUUGCAAGAUAUUUAUCGAGCUGGUCGAGAGGUUAACUUCAAGCCGCCUCGCAGGGACGGCCAUCAUAUCCCAAGGACGGACACGCCUCCCCCUUUGCCAGUCGAUGGCUCAACAGGGCCGGUAACACCUGUCAGAAGCAACAACAUUUUGGCACAGACACCUGGAUCUGCAUUUGGAGGUGGCUCUAGCUGGACACCAGGAAAGGGAUCACCAUUACCAUAG